AAAUGAAGUUACUUUUCAGGCCGUCUCGUUUUUUUUUUCUUGCUUGUAUUGUUGACAGCAAGUAUGAACGCUACACCUCAAUGAAGUUACUGUGUUGUGUAGUGCUCCCAGAUGAUUUUUUGGCGCCAGUCAGGUAGCAAAUUUCAGAAAAUCUGCGCCAACUGAAUACAGUACUGAAAAUGUCGAAGUCGAGAAAAAAUUGUUAAGGAUCCUGCAGUUAACAUUGUAAAGAGAGUUUGGGUAAUUGAAAUAGAACGUGAACUACUAAGACAUUUUAUUGUACGUUGCAGACUGGUUGUAAAACUACUUUAAUAUUUCUCCACUCUUUCCUUCCCUGUUUUAAAAUCAUGUUCCUUAUGAUAGAUGCUUCUGCUCAGUUAGUUUUGACAACAUAUCACUUUUGUAUCAGUAAUGAUGAAAGCUGAGGUUAAAUGUUUAUGUACCAAAUUUGGGGAAGGUGGUGGCUGAGUGCUAAUGUCUCUGGACCAGUGAUCCAGAAUCUCAGAUUAAUGUUCUGAGGAUAGGGUUUGAAUCCCACCAUAGCAAAUGGUGAACUUUGAAUUCUUCUUGAAACAUCUGGUCUGGCUUACAUGUGACUCUAGUCAACAUAAUGGCUUUCUCUUAAAUGCUCUCUGAAUAGCAUAGCAAGCAUUCAAUUGUGCUAAACCACUAUGAAGUCUAAUUAAAAACUUUAAACUUUAUGGACCCACCAGUCAACAUCAACCUCAGCACUAGCAAGACACAUCUUGGAUGUGAGUUGGGAAGGAUUCAUUUGGGAGUCCCCAGUAUUGACUCUGAACCCCAUGAAGACUUAGGUCAAAUAUGGACAAGGAAACUUGCUGAUUACUACCUACCAUCUCUUCUUCCCAUCCACCCCCCCCCCCCCUGCCCCCCAAUCACCACCACCAUUCAACUGAUGAAUCAGUGCACUGUAAUGUUAAGUGAAACUUGGAAGAAUCACUGGCAAGGGAACAGAAUGUGCUGUGGCAGGGGUACUUAAAUGUUCAUCACCAAAUGUGGCUUAGAAGCACCACUAUUGACUGAGCCGGCCAAGUACUAAAUGAUAUAGCUGUAAUAUGGGGUCUGCCUAGCUGGUGAAGGAACCACCACGAUUGAAAAAUCUACUUGCCUGGAUCAGUGCAGCUCCAAGAACACUCCAGAAGGUUGACAUCAUCCAGGAUAACACAACUUGCUUGACUGGCACCUGAGCCAACAUCUUAGGCAUUCAGUGUCUUCAGCAUUGAAGUGCAGUGCAAGCAAUUUUUGCCAUUUAUGAGGUGCACUGCAGUAAUGCAUCAAGGUUCCUUCCAAAUCCCUGAACUCUACCACCUAGAAGGACAAUGGCAGCAAAUGUGUGGGAACAUGCUCCAUUCCCCUUGCAGAUGUGCAUCUUCUUGACAUACAAAUAUGUUGCCAUUCCCUCACUAUUACUGGGUCAAAAUCCUGGAACUGCCUUCCUAACAACAGUGGGUGUGCCUAUACCUGAAGAUCUGCAGCAGUUCAAGUUAGCUCACCUCCACUUUCUUCAGGGCAAUUAGGAAUUGGCAUUAGAUGCUGGCCUCAUUCCAUGAGCAAAUUUAAAAAUACAUUUAAAAACAUCACAAUUGUAACUUUGACAGGGAUAUUUCGGAGGUCACAUAUAUCGCAUUGCAAGUAAUUUAAGUCUAAAGUGCUUGUCAUGGUGCAGUUUCCACACUUCUGGAUACAGCUUUUAGAUGCUGCACUACAUCAAUUUACAAUAUAUGGUAUCAUUGAAAAAAGAAAACUUAGUACAGAAGAAUUCCAAUUUAAAAAGAUAAAAAAGAAAAAGAAAAAGAAACACAAGGAAACUGACAAACGGAAGCAGCCCAAAAUGUGCAGCAAAUCUAUUCAAACAAUUUGUUCAGGGCUAAUAUCAGAAAUGAAAGAGCAGAAGGAAACUUCAUUCGAAGAUGCAAAUAGGAUAGCCAUUUUGUACCAACAAGAUGGACUGUCUGGAUGUGUACCCUUGGAAAGCAGUCAACCUCCCUCUAAUUUGUGCAAGAAUUCUGGUGUUGAAAACAAGAAUUCAAGACUAGACUUGUUGGAAUUUAAAAGGUUUAUUCAUAUUGAAGACCAGCCUAAUGGAGGAGCUUCAGUGGUGCAUGCCUACAUGGAUGAGCUUUCUUCCCUAUCUCUUGCGGAGAUGGAUAAAUUUUCAGAGGAGUUUGUGAAUCUAACAUUCAGUGAAAAUAACAACUCUGCAGCCUAUUAUGUUAUGGGUAUUGUUCAUGGAGCUGCUGCAUACUUACCAGAUUUUCUUGAGUAUUUUGCUUAUAGCUUUCCAAGUGCACCAGUGAAGAUGGAAAUCUUAGGGAAAAAGGAUAUAGAGACAACUACCAUGUCAAACUUCAAUGCUCAGGUGAGGCGAACAUAUUCACAUGGUACAUACAGGGCUGGUCCAAUGCGACAAAUCAGCUUGGUAGGAGCUGUAGAUGAAGAAGUUGGGGACUACUUUCCAGAGUUCCUUGACAGAUUGGAAGAAUCUCCUUUUUUAAAGCUUACAUUGCCAUGGGGAUCACUUUCUAGUCUCAAACUGAAGUGCCGUAAAGAAAGCGAUGACGGCCCCAUUAUGUGGGUUCGUCCAGGAGAGCAGGUGAUCCCUAUAGCAGACAUGCCAAAAUCACCUUUUAAACGAAGACGAACUACCAAUGAAAUAAAAAAUUUACAGUAUCUACCUCGUGCAAGUGAGCCACGCGAAAUGCUGUUUGAGGAUAGGACUCGAGCCCAUGCUGAUCAUAUUGGACAGGGAUUUGAACGUCAGACUACAGCAGCUGUUGGAGUGUUGAAAGCUGUACAGUGUGGGGAUUGGUUUGAUCAACCCCGUAUAACCAAAGAUGUGAUUUGUUUUCAUUCAGAAGACUUCCUAGAGGUGGUGCAGAGGCUCCAGUUAGAUCUGCAUGAACCACCAUUAUCUCAGUGUGUUCAAUGGGUAGAUGAUGCAAAACUCAACCAGAUACGAAGAGAAGGUAUUCGCUAUGCGAGAAUUCAGCUAUAUGACAAUGACGUAUAUUUCAUUCCCCGGAAUGUUGUACACCAGUUCAAGACUGUCUCUGCAGUUUGCAGCUUGGCGUGGCAUGUCCGGUUGAGACAAUAUCAUCCAGAUGCAGGAGAACCAUGUGCUCAAGAAUGUGCUUCUGAAGGUCCAGAAAUGCCACCAGACACCAAGUGCCCUAUUAUCAAAUUGGAGACUGAUGACAAAAAACAGAGGGAUGAUAUCACCUCUGAAGAUGCAAGACAUCAAGAAGUAAAAAUAGAACUUAAUAUCACAGAACUCCCAAAAAUGGAGCCUGAAAGCACUGAAUCACAGUUUGUAAUUGAGUCAAAAGAUCUAGUGUGUUCAAACACCCAAACUGACCGUGGAGAUGAACAACAGCUACCUUCAGUAAAGCCAGAUUUGCAUGAGUAGCAACAGAACUUUUCUUACUGACAUCUGUGUAUAUUCUUUGGAGCUUUUAUUUUUUUUAAAUGUAUCUGAACAAUGGUGUGAUGUACAAUGUAUGUUCUUGCUUAUGUAAGUUCUAUGGGGCAAGCUUGUUACUGUUCUUAAGACUGUUACAUGGUAGGACAGAAAAGUACAUGUAGCUUUGUAACAUUCCUCAGUGCCUGUCCAUAACUGUGAAACUUAACAGCACUUAAGGGGCAGGUGCACUGUCAUACCACAGGUUAAAUGGGAAAAAUAAAAGGUUUUAAAAAUUACUUUUUUGUUUUUAGAUAAGUCAUGGGAAUAGAAGCAGAGUUGACCUCGGCAUAUACUUUUUUGUAAGCUGAGCCAAAAUUGUUUCCAAAUUCAAGCUUAUCCAUAGAGCUUAUAUCAACCUAGUUGCAAGUUUGAAUACUGGUAUUUGUGUCAACACAGUGUAAAUACAUUUUUAUUAUAAUUAUGUAGUUCAAUUUCAGACUAAAAUCUGAACCACUUAAUAAAGGUUCAGUGUACUUUAAUGUUUUUAUAUAUGUAAGUACCAAAAGUGGUAGCCUUCGGCUAUGUUACAGCUGCAUUAUUUUAUUUCACCUAACGUAGAUGUGACAAAAUUUGUGUAACUGUGCAGACAAAUCAGAAUUUUCUCUCUUCUUUCUCUCCCAGGGGGAGGGGAGAAGGGAAAUGAGUGCAGAUGAUCAUAUUCUAGAUUUUAAAAUAAAGGUAUUCAUUAUGUGA